CGCGUGUCUCAACUCUACACGUCCCCUCCACCUCAAACAUCGACUUCCAGCUCUCCACGUUCACGUCCAACUCAAAACACCUACCAGAGCGCUCCUCCCCCAUCUCCCCCAUUUACAAUCCUCCUCCACCCUCCACCCUGCACCCCCCACGCCGACACCAACGAUGUCCCUCGACAUAGCGAAAUCCCUCGUCAAGACCGUCGCCCGGGCGUUCUACGACACGCGCCACAUCCUCGUUCUCGAUGCGCUAAUGGUCCACAACGCGCUGCGCGACGACGAGCUGGCGAAGCUUCUCGGCCUCGUGACCAAAGACGUCCACAAGCUGUGCGGAAAGCUUAAGGAGGACCGUAUGCUAGCCGUUCACUCGCGCCCCGAACAGAAAGAUGGGCAGCAGCGACCGGUCAACCGAACGUACUACUACAUCGAGUUCCGCAGCACGAUCGACGGGAUCAAGUACCGGGUGUACAAGCUCGCCGAACUAGUACGUCGCAGCGUCAACAACGGGGCAGAGACGAAAGGGUACGUAUGUCCGCACUGCAGCAAGCGGUUCGCGCUUUUAGACGCAGUCACGCUGGAAUUCGACGAGGCGGGGCUAUUCCUGUGCGACCGAUGCAGCAACGCGCUCGUCGACGACGAGGAGUCGACGGAAACUAAGCUGGGCCACGAGAAGAUCCAGCGUAUGAAUAGACAGAUCGAGAAGAUCGAGCGCUUCCUCCGCGAAGUCGACACUGUGCAGAUCCCACUGAACGACUUUGACAACGCCAUUGCCAACUCCGUCCCCGUACCCCGCGAUAAGAACUCGCUGUCAAGUGCCCAGUUCGUCCCCGUUAAUGGUGGCAAGGGCGGCGCUGGACGGCCCGCACAGCAGCAGGCUAUUGAGAUCUCGAUCACUAGCUCCAGCGAGAAGACCGCCGAUGAACUGCGCGCGGAGCAGCUCAGGAAACAGCAGCAGGCGGAGAAGAACGCGCUGCCGGUGUGGCACACGCAGAGCACUGUUAUUCCCGGCCAGAUCACGAACGCGGGGAUCAAGGAGGCCGGGGAGCGGGCGGCGCGGGAGCGCGACGGCAUUGGCCUUGCGCGCAAGGAGGCGGAGGCGGAGGAGAAGCGGGACGUGCAAGAGGAAGGUAGUGGCGGCGAUGCAAUCGCACAAUACUACGCCGCCCUGGCCGCCCAGAAGGCGCAGGAGGAGGCCGACGAGCUGGAAGACGACGACAGCGACGACGGCGACGAGGACGAGGACGAGGAGUUUGAGGACCUGGAUAUUGUCAGCGCUCCCGCCACCAAUGCCGCCACGGCCACUGGCACCCCCGCCAAUAAUGGUGAGAGCGAGGAGGAUGAGCAGCCCCUCGGAAAGAGGGUCAAGACUGAGGAGCCGGAGAAGAAGGUGGAGGUGGUGAAAGAGGAGGAUAGUGACGAGGAGGUCGAUUUCGAGGACGUAUAGCGGGGGGCGGGGGUGAUGAGCUUCAAUUUGAAUCUUUUUUUAACUAAUUGUAUUUCUUUUUAACGGAUGUGGGAGGGUAUGAUAAUCUUGACGGGGUGGGCAUUACAGGCGUUGGAUUUUGUUUGCUUUUAUUGGGAUGAUCGGUGGGAUUGAGGGGGGUGUAUGAGUACGAUAUAUGAUACUUAUUAGACGGUCGAAGAUGAUCAUUCG